CAGUCGGAGCCGGGCUCCCAGUGCUACAAGGUAGAGCUGGCAAACGAGAGCGAGCCCACCGGGAACGCUGGGAGGCAGUGCCUGCGCUGGGAGCAGGGCCCGGACGGCUGCGCCGGCAUCGCGGACAGGGACACGUGCCUGACCUCCAGAGACGGCCGCCCCCCAACGAUGUUCCGGGGCAUGCGCGUCCACGGCGAGCCGUGCGCCUGGUGCGAGGGCAGCAGCUGCGACGCGCUCGGCGACAGCGGGAGGUGUGAAGCCCUCGACAAGAUGCAGAGCGGACACGCACACCACAUCUUCCAGACUGCCAUCUCUCCAGACAACAUCACCGAGGCCCUCUGCGCCGACGGCGCCCCCCUGGUCGGCGGGGCUGCCCUGAGGCCCAGGGUCGGCGCCGUCGCUCAGCCAGCCCUCACGCCCGCGCCGACCUCGGAGGACGACUGCUGGGGAGAGGUCUACUUCCACAUGACCACGCUGUCGUCGCCCGCCCAGCCGGGGGACACGUCGCUCGAGGUGCUCGACGGAGGCGCGCUGGUCGCGGGGCAGGAGGUGAUCCUCUCGGACCUGCAGGGCGAGAGGCUAGACGAG